AUGGACGAAUGGUGGUGGUGGGUCCUCGUGGCGGUUCUGGCCCUCUGCGCCGUCGUGCUCAGCGUGUGCGCCAUCUUCUUCGGAGCUCGGAUAUGUGUGCGCCAGUUCAAACGCAAGGUCAAAUACACAGGUUCGUCUUCGUUUGUUGUUACCGCUCUUUCUCGUGGCGCUCAAAUCAAUUCCAUUUGUGUUGACCGAGUGACGUGAGAACCACAACAGAGAAGAAGACGUGAGACGUCCGACGCCACGUGAGGUGGCCAACAAGCGCUCGAGUUUGCCGAUAUCUCUCUUUUGCAAACCGACCGGAUGCUGACUGAUAAGAGUGACGUUCCGUUGGCUGGGCGGACUUGAUGAAUAAGGAAACGGAAAAUGAAAAUAUUAUGUACCUUGAGAGGCUUCCAAACAAUGGGAAACCCUAAAUUCCCAACUUUUUCCGAUUGUUUUGUGACGUGGCAUUCUCGUUCUCAUUCUCUCGCCAAUCGCUUUGAUGCCUUCGGUCGUCACACGGCUCUUUUCUGCUCUCAGAGCUACAAAAUCUGCGGAUCCGCGCCACCAAAAUCCGUCGUCUAAUCCUCGCCCAACAUACAUAUUGCUCUGCCUUCUCGCACCAUUCCAUGAAAUAUUCACUUCUAACUUUGCGCUUUCUUAUUAUUAUUACACUUCGAACUCUAAUCUCAGUGAAAGCCUUCUUCUUCUUCUUCUUCCUCUCCUCCUCCCGCCUCUUUUCAACAGACAACAAUUAGCCAGAUGAACUCUUGCCAUGGAACCCUACAGUAGUGACAAAAAAGGGACGAGUGAAGCACACACAAACUGGAAAAAAGCGCCACGGCAGCCGGAAACUGAGAGUUGAAUGGGCGCUAAUUGGAGGGAGAGCUCCCGGAGCACAUCGCGGAGCAUGUUAUUUAUCAGAAGAGCCCCUCGAUACGCCGCCGAGCAGCCGGCUCGUCCCCGCUCUCUCAUUAUUUCGCAUUUUAUAGAAAUUGACUGUCAUAAAUCAGUGCAAUGAAAGUGGAAGACAUGCGGGUAUCUCGCACUUCUCCUCCCGUCCUUCCGCUUUGUGAUUUUGCAAAUUACUUUCAAAUAAUGAUCCUUUUUGAUUAUUUAUUGCUCGAAUUGUUUGUCCACAUUCACGUUUUCUUCCAAUUGAGCUCGGAAAUUUGAAAUCUAAACAAAUCAGGAAAAGUUGUGAAAGAGAGAAAUAGACGCAGUUUUGAAUCUUCACACACAAAUUCAUACACUUUCUCGUCUUUUUGGGCGGGUGCAAUCUGACAGCUGAAAAUUUUGGAUGUUAAGCUUUAAUCACUUGUACCUCAAGAUUGAGUAGCCUUGCUUUUGAUCAGCUUGAACGUUCCGGGCCGACCACGUCACCUGUUGGUAACCCAAGUCCAGUUUGGAUUGGCUUUUCAUACAUCUCCAUUUUCACUUGCCCUCCUCGGAAACUUGACCUGUCCGACCCUUGAGCCCCAAUCCAUUGCCAGAGCAAAAAGUCAACUUUUAUUGUGCUUCUUCCUCUUUCUUCUCAUAUCAACACGUGUUUUCUUCUGGCGUCCUACUACUACUACUACUACUCUUACAUGAUGACACUUUGAUUCGGAAAACAAGCACCAGCACACCUGUCGUAGAAGAGUUACAGCAUCGUGUGGAUCCGCGCAGAAUCAGACAGAAUCCGCGACGAAAAUGUCUCGUUACUGGCGAAGAAUUAGCAAACCAGGUGCUCGGGGGAGAAGGGCAUUAGGCGGCCAAAGAUUCGUAAUCGUGUCUCUCGAAAACUUGAAAACAUUUCAGAAGUGCCGACGUCGGUUCCGGAGAUCAAAGUGAGCGUCCCGCAGAGCACUUCUACACUCUCGAUCAGCAGUGAGUUCGUUUUCUUUCUUCAGUUUCAGCAGUUUCCUGAAUAAAUUGAGCGGGGGAGCACGUCUGCGCCUCCACGCAUACAUUUCUUCUCGGCCCCGGCUUCUUCGCUUCUAACAUAUCAUUAGGAGCGUCAAGUUUGAGAGCCAUUCUUAUAUAUUUUGCGGCGGCUCACACUCUCGCUGGCUGGCCGCGCAAAAGCUGUGCCGCUCAGCUCAUUAGCCGGCCUUCUUCUCAUCUCGGCCCUGUCCUUCUUCAUCUUCUUCUUCUUCUUCUUCUUCAUCUUCUUAUUCUCCUUCAUCGCCUUCUCAAUUUCAUCGUCGCCGCGCCUUCUGAACGUGUUGAUCGGCGCCCUUCUGAUGGCGCCGUCGUGGCGGGCGACGACGACGAAAAACGAGAAGAGCGAGGAAUGAGAAGGAGAGGGAGAAGGAUAAGAAGUGUCUGAAAUGUGUUUUUGCACUUGGCUAAAAUGCCAGCAACGCAACGCCAUUCUGUUUUUUUGUGCCUUCAAAAUGAAUUUUGUCUUCGAAAGUGACAAUACAUCUCAAAACUCUUCUCCGCUUCUUCCAGAAAUGAAUGGAUCGUAUCGGGCGCGGGUGCUGAGUAGGAACGGAUGCUCGCCGCCGUGGAUGGACCGAACGUACGAGGCGUCGGCGCGGAGCUCUCCGUGCACAUCGCCCGCCAUGGCGUCCACGUAAGUCGCUUACAAAUAAGGUCAAAAGGCGCUUAUUCUGCUCGGCUCGGCUCGGCUCGGCUCUUUGCGAGGAUUAGAGCUCUAAUCUGAAAAUCUGAAAAGCGAGAAAACAGGAAAAAGAAGCUGCGAGAGCAGGAAGGAACACGGUAGCGCAUCUCCGCCUCGUCGAGCUCACAUUCAUUCACGAUUAAUUCGCGCCGCGCGACAAACAGUCGUUUUCCAUUGAUCUAGUUUGUCAUUUAAAACGAGCUUCGUUCUUCUAAAGUUCAUUCCGAUUGUUGCUCAAGAUCAGAAUUAGUCACACGCGCACAUUCUCCCACGUAUCCUCCUGCAACACGUUUCUCACGCACUGCCCACAUCGCAACUCUCUAUCCUCUCUGUAACUGUUAUUGUUCGAUUCGGACACUCUCCAGAGACUUUUGAAGACUAUUGAGGUAUUCAUGGAAAACGUAGUACAAGGGUGAUAUUAAAGGGGAAUUUUGUUAUGGUAGAGAGAUUAUCGCAUCAGAAAUUGGUCCUGGGUGAUCGGGGGAAAGGAAGGAACCGCAUUGUUUUGUCUUUUGAAAUAAGCCAUUUCGGCCCCCUUCGAUAUCUCGUUUUACUCAUGAAUAUGCAUGGUAGUCGAGUGUCUUUUGAGGUUUCUCUUCUCCAUAUUCUUCUUUUUCUUCUUCUUCUCUUUUCAUCACUAAUGGGUUUUUGGUUCCUCCCGUGUCUGUCCGGCCCCGGUCAGCUCCUGGAUUAUCCGGUUAGAUGACGCCAAACGAAGAAAGAAGAGAGAGAGAGAAUAUGACACGAUAAAAAUGAAAAUUCUCAGAGAGAUUCUAGGUGUAUAUCAUAUUUCGUUAGCAGAGCAUGAGCACAAGAGAUCCUCCCCUCUUUUCCUCGACUCCCAGCGCCCAAAUAACACUAAAUUUUUCAUACAUUUUUGAGGAGCUCAGCUCUUUUCCCUGGCGCUCUCCGGAUUCUUCGGCGGAUCUAGCCAAACAUCGUCGUAAAACCAGCCCCAAUCACCCACACGAAUUGCUGAAAAUCGAUCCGCAUCCCCAAUUCCCAAUGUACUUUUCUUUUUACUCUCCGGAUUAUUAAUAUUAUAAUGUGGUACUGAUCAUCGGUUCAGAAAGAUCAGUUGUCCUUAGUCUCUGCGAGAGAGUAAUUCCACGAAACUAUUCAUUCCCAUGUUUUCAUCGACAACAACACACACUUUUAUCAGGUGCUCCGCGAGCCAAGUUACCCGUUUAAUCACGUGAUUAGGCGGCUUUCCUGACCUCCGCGUUUCGCCUGCACUUUAACAUGCUCCUGCUGCUCGUCCAUUUGUCUUCAUUGUCUUCGGUGUCAUCUGAGAUUCUUCCAAGAAUCAUGAUGCAACGUGAACACCUGUUCACCGCCCGUUCCGCCCACAACAGAAGAGUCAAGUUUCAUAAUUAAUCCGAGCGGGCUCGGGCUCAGUGAUCAGUGCAACGUGCCGAGUGAGCUGAGAGCAACCCGGCUAUUCAAUGCAUUUUUUACCCGGACCUGUUGGCCAUUGAACUCAACUCGAGCAGCACUAACCUCAGUUUUCUUAAGAGCAAAUCACUCAUGCAACUAUAGUGGCGGUUUUCUUUUCUCACUCUCACUCGCCCAGACCAAACACCCGUUGUACAUAUUCCCAUCAAUCUUUUAUCAAUUCUCUUUCGUCUCUCUCCCGUUUUCAUUGUUCAAACUUCAGAUGAUGCUCCAUGCGACAGACUCGCUGCCAAUGUGAGUUCCAUUCGGAAACAAUGAAAUGAAAAGCGCACUGAUUGAUUUCAUUUUACUCGUUUCCUAUUCAUUUCGAGACCGGAACUAAAAAUGGGGAGGGAAAAGAUUAGAGCGAGCAGCUAAUUAGUACCCGCCGCCCCCUUGCCGCCUUCUUCUUUCAGUUCCAUCAAAUGUUUAACUGUUUCAGCUCCGACAGCUGCGAGCUGCUGGGCGAUGAGCCAAGGUCCGCGUCAAUGCGCAACUCAAUGUUCCUCUUCAACGUGGACGGAAACCACGAAGUCAUCGAUGAGGUAAGCGAGCGACAGAGAAAGGGACCAAUUACCGUGUAAUCCGAUCUUUAUACUGAAUUAGAUGAAGAGGGAUUGGCACGUAGCAGGCAAACAAAAGAGCUCUUUUUGGUUUUCAUUCCAUAUUGGUUUCCGCUUCCGUUUCAGAUGGAAGACAUUGACGAGCGGUCUGUGAUGCACUACGAGCUCGGAUUCUACGAUAAAUCCGACGGAGGAUGCAUUCGGGGAACGCUCACGUUCGCGCUGAGAUAUGAUUUCAUUCACAGGUAGAUAUUAUUCAUGUUUCAUUAUAGGAUGUGUGCUUUAAGGGUAUUGAUGCUCCAUGUGAUCCGUGCCAACAAUCUUCCUGUGGAGGACAAAGGCACGACAGUUGACCCGUACGUGAAAAUGUACUUGUUGCCGGAGAGGAGGGGACACUGCAAGACGAGAAUAUGCAAAAAGAACAAUGAUCCGGAGUUUAAUGAAAUGUUCUCUUUUGAUGUUUCAUUCAAUAACCUUGCGAAUCGCAUGCUUCAGGUUCACUCGUUCACAAUGCUUCUCUUCAUUUUACUGAUUUUCAGUUCACAGUCUAUGACUUCGAUCGAUUCACUCGUCACGGUCUCAUCGGCAACAUAAUCAUGAGGGAUCUGUUCGAAAAGUCAGAUUUGUACACGUGGACCGAGUACACAAUGCACAUUGUGGGAAGUCAGAACAAGAAUGACUAUGGCGACUUGCUGCUCUACCUGACUUACUCGAAGGAAGACGAGAAGCUGUCGAUCAACGUGUCGAAGGCGUACAAUCUGCGUCCGAUGGACAUCACUGGAGCAUCAGGUACCUCUGCCAUCUGAUGAUUGUUGCAAGUGUCUUCUUUCUAGAUCCAUACGUGAAAAUUGAGCAAACAUACAACGGGAAGCGAUUCAAAUCGAAGAAAUCGAGUACGAAGCGGGCCAACCUGAACCCGGUGUUCCACGAAACCCUGCAAUUUGAUAUCCCGGCCAGUCAAAUUGCGGAGACUAAUAUUCUGAUUCAAGUCAUGGACUGGGAUAGGUACAUUUGAACAAACAUCUAUGGAAACUUGUAAAAUCAUUUCAGAAUUGGCAAGGAUGAUCUUCUCGGGUGCUGUAUUCUCGGUAAGGACAGUCCGACUGCCGACGGGAGAACCCAAUGGGAUAAUUGUUUGAAUGCGGUGCCAGAAGAGGGACAGCAGGUUUCGGGAUUUCCUGGUCUUCUUCUGAUGAGAAUGUGAACAUUUCAGAAGAGCAAGCCGGUCGGCCAAUGGCACAGUCUCCUGUCAGAAGUUCCCGAGGCCUACAAGAACAUGCCAAAAGCCAAAAAAUGA